AUGAGACUAUAUCAGCUCUUGACAAGGACUAUCAAGGUUUACAAAUACAACUGUUUGCUUUGGGUGUUCAAAGUAGUCAUACUGGGUGCCAUGUCCAACAUUCCUGAUAUCCUCUUGAUUUUCCCACUUGUAUCUGAUGUUUUUAAUAGAACAGGCAUCUUCAAGCAAGCUACACAUCACUGGUUUUUUGAGAGAAAUAAUAUCUGCAUUGCAUUACUCAAUUCAAAUAAUAUGAAAAAUGAUGAGAAAAGUGAUCUGAAAUAUAUAAUUGUAUCACUAGACUGUAAACCUAGAAGUAUUCUUUUUUCCUAA